GUAAAUGGCGUGAUCGAAGAAGAGAGUGAACUCAUCGAUAUGCUAACGAAACAGUUGCACCUAGCCGAGUCGCAAAUGCGAAGGAUGCAGUCCGUCCUUAUAAAAGCCGAGGAAGGAUUGCGAAACAAAGAUCAGGAGAUUGGGCGCUUAAAGCGGAAGGUCAAAGACUGGGAAACGAAGUACAGAAAUCAGGAGCUCGCGCGCAAGAAAGAGCAACAAAGCCAGGCUAAUAAUUCCGAAUACUUUUAUCAACGAUGUUUAAUACUAGAAAACAAAAUCGUCGAAAUGGAGAAAUUCUUGACUGAUUACGGGCUGAUAUGGGUGGGCGAUACAAAAUAUCCGGCGAAUGCAAACGGCGCUAGCAAUAAUUAUAUCGACGCCUGUUACGAUCAGCUAGUUGCGAAUAUCGAUCAGUUGAAUUUAGCCGCAGGGAAAGGCGAAGUUCAUGUUCAUCAUAAUGAGAAGGGAGGAGGAGCGAUUUUUAAAACUCCUUCGUGUAUGGCAAUAAAAUUUUAUAAAAAUGGUAUGACCGUCAAGGGAGGAGCGUUGCGAUCUUAUGAUGAUCCGACUACGAGCUCGUUUAUUCGCGAUAUUUUAGAUGGAUAUUUUCCAUCUGAACUGCAAAAAGAAUAUCCCGAUGGAGUGCCCUUCAUGGUAGAAGAUUGUAGAAUAGAGUUAUACGCAGGCGAUUCCUUUCCUGGUCAGGGAUAUCGGUUGGGAAAGCAUUCUCCAGUAGAUAACUUGUUAUCGACGAACUUGCACAGGUCAACUAACAUCCUUCAAAGAUCUGAGCGUGUCAUCCUUUCAUUAAAAGAUAACACUAGUACUUCCGAGAACAUACCGCUUUUACCGCUUCCAACAAACCGGUAUUAUUAUAUACUGCAUUUUUAUUCUUCCUUUAGUAAUUCAUUGAAACCCAGAAGUUCUUCGGAAACCUCCUCUCUUGAUUUAUUCUCUCUGAGGUCGCAGAUCUUGGCUUCACACAAUAAUGCUUGCUCUAGCUCUCACCUUCAGUCUCAUAUUAACGCUGAAUUAGCACGUAACAGUCGACGUAAAAAGAGGGAAGUGGCCACGAAGAAUACAGAAUACGAUAUGUUAAAUGGACAAUCUCCCAAGUCGAGAGACAUCUUGAGACUUUCAAGUAGCAGCCGAACAAGAUACAACAGUUCUACCGAUAGAUCGUUACCGAGAUUUCCUCCCAGGUAUCAGCCGGAGACUAUCGGAAGUCGCCUUCGUCCACGUUCGAGAUCCACUAGUUUGUCCGGAAGACGACCGGGCGUGCAAUCGGUAUUACGACCAAAAGCGUCGAGCACGGCGGAAAUUAAUAAUGGCGAGCAAAAAAAGCUCGUCAAUCCUACUGCCGGGUCUUCCGCGACGAAGCAUCCUCGUGGUUCGAAAUCGGCUACUUGCGCGAGCAAGAGCACGAAUCCACUCAUGCGUGAUCAAUUUGGAAAACAUGUAUUUCGUUUUCAGCCUCCGCUGUUGCAUCAGAUUAACGAGGCGACUAGAAAACCUGGGGAGCUGCGGUUGAAAGUUAGGUCAUUAACUGGUAGCACUGUGUUCCUGGUGCACAUAUUUGCCGAUGAAUCGGUUGCAAAAUUAUACGAAUUGCUUGAUAAAGCUAUGCAAACAUCUGGGCACAGGGGAUACAAAGUAGUAUUGAGCGGAUAUUUGCCGAAACGAUUGGAACGUGAAGACAGAUCGUUAAAGGAUAACGGAAUUAGCAGAGACUGCGUUCUCCAUCUUGUAAAUGACUGAAUGUUCACUCGUUCAUGCAACUAGAUCUCAUGUCAAUGCCUCAUCAAUGUGUCACGUUAAACAUACUGGAAAAAAUUGUAAAUUUGGAAUGUUCAAUACAUAAAUUUGUAACUACGUGGAUUUGCUAAACGCGCGUGAGCGUUUUAUAUUUUAGGAGGAUACGUAUGUGAACCAUCUGACGAUCAAGUAGAUUUUAUCCUGAUAUGGUACAUGUUUUCCUUCCGUAUGGAUAAUUGCGCUAGCUAAAUAUAUAUUUCUUAGUUAAAUUUGCAUUGUACAUGAGAGGCCAAACGGUUCUCCGUUGUAAUUAACCUUAGACUGCACUGUUUCGUAGCUUGGACUUGCAAUUAGAGUGGAUUGAUUUAUGAUUCAGUUGUGGAUACUAUAAUAUAUAUACCGACACGCUAGUAUGUACCUAAAUAUUUGAAAAUAAAAUUGUAACUAAUAUUAUCUUAAAGAAAAGAUUUUGUUAUUGAUAUUGAUUAUUAAAAAUUUCGUGUUAUUGCUUUUUAUAUUUUAUAAAAUUGUUUUAUUAUUUUAUUUUAUGGCAAAUAUAUCUUCAUCUUAUCUGAUAAUAAAUUGGUGUCUAAUUUUAAAGUAGCAAAAUUUCAUAUGAAACAUAAUAUGUAUUAUAUUAAUAAUAAUAAUUCUUUUAAUUACUGCAGUGAGGUCAAGCUAUGUACAUUAAUAUUACAGAACGAUGUUAAUUACUACUUGUUAUUUAUAUCAUAUUAUAUUAUAUUCAUAUCAUAUUAUAUGUACAUUUUAGCUACUUUAUUUAUUCAACUGA